AUGAGUUUUCAGUCGAUCUCAUUCAUCCUUCGUGCUGAGCGCUCUUUGGGUGGUCAUGUUAUGCGAAUGCUGGCUACUUCUGAACCAGCUGGCCAAGGCUCAGUAAAUGCACACGCUAUGGCUCUGACUAAGUACGCAGACACCCCAACGGGUUCCUUCAUGACACGACACACAUCAGAUAUGAGGAUAUCAUACGUUCACGAUCGUCUCAAUUACAUAUUGAGAAAUGAGCUGAAAACACUGAUGGGAUCGAGUUUCUUUGAACUUAUUGAGCCGAGCGAUUUGCCGUCAUUCCGAGAAUCAAUGAAGACAUUGUUCGCCAAGGGUCACGUUCGCACUCCACUGUAUCGUCUAUUGGCUGCCAACAAUACAGUAGUUUGGCUGACCACAGAAGGCGUCCACUGUCAACCAUACAUCCAAAGGCCAGAAAGCCCAAUAUGUAAUCUGCGUCCAUCAUAUAGCAGGGGUAUUCUGGAUGAGGUAUCGUCAGCAAGCCAAGGUGGUGUCGCGGCAGGGAUUGCGAUUGAAAUCAAAAAGGAGGCUGGUCGUCAACCUCACAUCGAUGGCAGUGGUGCGUUGGAUUUCCAAAUGCAACCAUUCACUGGUCCGGAGGACUUCAGUGUGAUGUCACGGCUGUUAUCGUUUGGUGACCCUGAAGCAGCGAAAAAUUCUUCCAUCGACGGAACGAGUGAGAGGAGCAGCGGCACGUAUUCGGACGCAUUUUUUCGCGGCCAGCCAGAAUGCACGGCUCAGAGCUUUGGACAG